UAUAUAAUGUAAGGCUGGUCUUCCGGCCAUACAUCGCAGUGCGGAGGUACAGGAUAUCCACGUCUUGAUAUAAAUAUAAUAUUUUAACUUUAAACUAAAUAAAAAUGACGAUGUUGAAAUUCGUUUUGUGCGCAGCCCUGGUGCUCGUUAGCGCGGAGGCUAUGAGCAAGGAUAAGAUGGAGGCUCUCUACGAGAAGCUGUUGCCACACAUCACGGAGUGCAGCAAGGAGUUCGGCCUUGCUGACGGUGAGCUCAAGAAGGCCAAGCAGGAUGACAAUAUAGAUGCCAUCGACUCCUGCUUCUUCGCCUGUGUCUUCAAGAAAAUUGGCAUGAUCGGUGAGGACGGCAAGUUUGAUCCUGAGAAAUCACUGGAGAAGACCAAGGAACAUCUAACUGAUGAAGCCGAUCUUAAGAGCGCUAGCGAAGUGGUUGAGGCGUGCGUUUCAGUGAACUCUGAGGAUGUGAGCGACGGCGAUGCUGGUUGUGAAAGGGCGAAGCUACUGGUCAGCUGCCUGCACAAGAACAAGGAUAAGUUCUUAUCCCCCUAAGAUAAUUCGGAUAUUUAUCGAGGAUCUGCUGAAUGAAGAAAAUGGCAUUGCGAAAAGGAAAGAAACAUUACCUAUAUAAUACUUUAUUAUAAUUCUUCAGAAAUUUAAUGUAUCUUGCUUCUUGAAGUCUUAUGUUUGUAUUCACUUAACUUAUGUUAUUAGAACGUUCUCCUUCUGUACAGUAUCUUAAUAUAAUAAUAAUAUGUAUUUAAAAACAUUGUUUUGUAUAUUUUUGUAUCGAUUUUCGAUUAAAUGAUUGUUUGUUCGGA